GGUGCCGAAAAGUUUUACCAAAAUGUUUUCGGUUCGCUGCGUACUUUUGUUGCUUUUCGCUGUGGUGGCUUCCACCCAAGGAGCCAAUAUUUUGGGGCUCUUCAGCAGUCACAGUCCCUCCCACCUGAUCAUCCAUAUGUCGGUGGCCAAGGCUCUUGCCGAAGCAGGACACAAUGUCACCGUGGUCUCGAUGCUAAAACCCAAGGUAACGCACAAGGACAUCCACGUGAUUGUGGUGCCGAUGAAGGACGAUCAGCAGCAAGCUAUGGAAAAGCAUAUGACCGAAUUGGCAGGCCAAAAGAAUUCAUUAUUUAGCACUAUGAAUCGCGUUCUGAAUGAACUGGAUGUGAUGAUCAAAGCUCAGGCUGAACUGCUUUCCGAUCCAAGGUUCCAGCGCAUUUACGAUACCAAAUUCGAUUUGAUGAUUCUGGGAUACUUUGUCAACGACUUCCAACUGGGAGUGGCUGCCAAGCUGAAGAUUCCUGUUAUUGUAAACUGGAUGGCGGCACCUAUUCCUGUAAUUGAUCAGUUUACGGGUAAUCCCUCGGAGAUCUCGUAUGUGCCCACUUUGGGCACUGUUGUAACACAUCCCAUGAGUUUGCUUAUGCGAGCGAAAAACUUGGUUAGUUCACUGUUUUUCCAGUACAUAACAUAUGCAUUUGAAAAUAAGGUGACCCGCAUUUAUAAUGAAAUAUUCACGGAAAAAGGUCAGCCAACUCUGAAUGACUUGAAAAGGAACAUAUCCUUGGUCUUCGUUGGCUGCCAUUUGAUCAGUGAGGGUCCCAUUAGACCUCUGGUUCCUGCCAUUGUGGAAAUUGGAGGCAUCCAAGUGAAGGAUAAGCCGGAUCCUCUGCCCAAGGACAUUGAUCUGUUUCUGAAUAAGUCCACCCAGGGAGCUGUAUUUUUAUCCCUUGGAUCCAACAUCAAGAGCUCAACCGUUAAACCGGAAAUAGUCCAGAUCAUCUUUAAAGUUCUUUCUGAACUAAAAGAAAAUGUUAUUUGGAAGUGGGAGGAUCUGGAAAAUACUCCCGGCGAGGCAGCAAACAUUCUCUAUAAGAACUGGCUGCCACAAGAUGACAUCCUGGCCCAUCCAAACACAAAGCUGUUCAUCACGCAUGCCGGAAAGGGAAGCAUUACCGAAUCCCAGUACCAUGGUGUUCCCAUGGUGGCUUUGCCCAUUUUUGGGGAUCAACCCGGAAACGCUGCUCUCAUGGAGAAAUCCGGAUAUGGCCUCGCUAGCGAUUUGCUGUCAAUAACAGAGGAUAGCUUAAGGGAAACUUUAAAAGAGGUUCUGGAAAACAAGAAGUACAGCCAGGCUAUUGGAAAGUUCUCCGAUCUGUACAGGGAUCGACCUCUAACUUCAAAGCAGUCGGCUGUGUAUUGGACCGAAUACGUCCUAAGACAUCAUGGUGCUAAUCAUCUGCAAAGUCCAGUGGUGCAUAUGAACUUCAUUGAGCUAAACAAUCUGGAUAUAUACGCAUUAAUUUUAACAUUCCUGAUCCUAUUUGUUCUUCUUUCUCGACUGGUUGCGAAACUAGUUUGGAACAAACUUUGGGGCAAACCGAAAGUAUCAAAGAGUAAAAAGAAAAAAUAA